UCUUGCUUGUGUUCUCAGCUGUUCAGCAAAUAUAACUUGAGAAAGUUUCUUUUGGUUUUGAAGUGCUUUACUAUUCAGCAAACUUAGACCGUGAGCUCAAUCUCUUUUUGGCUCUAAUUUUUCUUCUUAGUUUUCUUUCGCAGCUUCGGAAAUAACUUGAGAAAGUUUCUUUUGGUUUUAAAGUACUUCACUGUUUGAUUGGCUUCGCUGGAAAUUCAUUUUUGUUGCUGUGGUUCUUUUGUAUGGUUCAUUUUAGACGUUUGUUUUGGUUUCCGCUUGAGCUGUGUAUAAUAUGCUUUGAGAAUGGGUCCGAAUAGAGUAUAUGGAAGUUUAGAAGAGGCUCGUGCUGAGAAAAAUCGAAGGAGCCGCGAGCAACGUGCUGCUGCUCGGCAUGGGACAAAGAAUGAUGCGCCAUUAGGAGUGUGUACAUUAGCUGUCACGGCUUUUAAUAUACAUGACCCAAAUGCUGUGAAUCAGCCAAAUAUGGGCGUCGUUGAAUCUUCAUUAGGUUCGGGCUCAGUAUUGCCAUUUGCAGAGAACAAUGCAGAGCACCUUCGAGCUGAAAAUCAAGGAGAUGUAUCUAGGUCUGCUGGUAAUGGUGCUAGCGAGGUUCCAACAACUAAUUCAGAUGCGGGUGAAUCAUCUUUGCAUAGGCGACGUCGGCGUACAAGACGCUCUGUGACUAAUCCAUUGACCACAAUAAUUACAGAGCCUGCAGUAUUGCUCAGUAAUGUAGAGCAAUUUCCAACCGAAAAUGAACAAAAUGUCUGUGCGUCUAUUGCUGAUGGUGCUAAUGAGAUUCCAUCAACUAAUUUAGAUGCUGGUGAACCACCAUUGCGUAGGCAGCGUCGGUCUAGAAAACGAGCUAUGACUGAUCCAUUAACUACAAUAGCUACAGAACCUGCUGUAUUGCCUGAUGUUCCAAGUUGUCCAUAUUGUCAUGCAAAACGAUUUCAUCAGGAACCACCUGGUUUUUGCUGUGCCUCCGAUAUAAAAUUACAUUAUGUUAUGGACUAA